CGAAGGAGCUAACAGGGAAAAAGCCGGUAAUUUAGUUUCCUUGUUGGGGUUGAGCUGUUUUUUAAUACUUGGCGCUAACACAGGGAGAGAGAAACAAAGCUCCGAAAUUGGAGGGGGCGGGUGGAAUUCGUGAGAGAGAUCUGUUGUCCGACCUCACCUGGAUAAAUGACAAAUGUAUCAACCAAACGGUGCUCCUAGUUCAGGCUUAAUCCAGAAUAAUUUGUUAGUCCAUGGUCAAUAUUUAGACUGUGGCACCAAUACAAUGGACAAUGUCAAUGGAGCGAAAAGUCCCAGCAACUCUAAUCUUGCCUCAAAGCAGCGACUGCGUUGGACACAUGAGCUUCAUGACCGCUUUGUUGAUGCCGUGGCACAACUCGGUGGGCCAGAUCGUGCAACACCCAAAGGUGUUUUGAGAGUGAUGGGUGUACAAGGUUUAACCAUAUACCAUGUAAAGAGCCAUUUACAGAAAUAUCGACUUGCAAAGUACGUACCCGACUCCUCAUCUGAUGGGGGAAAAGCUGACAAGAAAGAACCAGGGGACGUGCUUUCCAAUGUGGAUGGUUCAUCUGGAAUGCAAAUUACGGAAGCAUUAAAGCUGCAAAUGGAGGUGCAGAAGCGACUGCAUGAACAAUUAGAGGUACAGAGACAGCUACAGUUACGGAUAGAAGCACAAGGUAAAUACUUGAAGAAAAUUAUCGAAGAGCAACAACGACUUAGUGGAGUUCUUUCAGAAGCACCUGGCCCUGGGAACUCCACCCGUGCAUCAGAUGAUAAUUGCCCAGAAUCUGACAAGGUUGACCCAGCAACCCCUGCCCCGACCUCUGAGUGCCCCAUCCAAGACAAGGCUAUCAAGGAACGCGCACCAGCCAAGAGCCUUUCCGUCGAUGAAUCUUGCUCAUCUCGUCAUGAUGAACCCUCGACUCCAGAUUCUGGUUGUCAUGUUAUUUCUCCAGCUGAGAGCCCAAAAGCAGAGAGGUCGACGAAGAAGCAAAGGUUUAGCAUGGGUGAAGCAUUUUCUAAUCCAGAAGUGGUGCUUACACAUCAAAUAUUGGAGUCCAGCUUAAACUCUUACCAGCAAGCACACACCAUUUUCAUGCCCAGGGAGCAUUCUAAUCCCACAUCUGGGAUUUCUGUCAGGAAUGUUGAUUUGGAACAAGUUGCUGGGAGUGAUAUGUAGUUGGUAUAUAAAGGACUCCAGGAUUUUCUCAUGUCUUUAGUCAAGUGAAAGAAUGUUGCCAAGGACGGGUGUUAUUUAAAUAGAGGUUCCUGCUUCAAACAGGCCAAUGGAGAACUGUCUUAUUCAAAUUGAGUUGUGAACAUGGGUGGAAAUUAAUACUCUCCUGCAAUAUCAUUAACCUAGGGCUUGUUCAUCACUGUCCCUCAUUGCCUGUUCACAUCCAGGUUGUCAGUUGGAUAUUUUCCAUUAUGGCCAAAAUUCUUAAAUAUGUUCUUUUUAUGGCACAAUUUCUUUUGGUAUUUUCUGUUUCCGUGUAUUUCCUGAUUGCAGUGAGUCAAUGAGUCAUGCACCAUUAGCUGCCGCUUGUCAGAACAAAAAGUACCGUUAGUUGUUAUUCAAUAUUGCAGCCUGAAUCUAAAUGUACCGGGCAGCCUGUGCUGGAUUGUAAGCUUCAAGGUGGUAUUGCAGGACAUUUUGAUUUC